AAAAAGGGGGAAAGAAAAACGGCAGAUCGGUAAUUUAGCGCUUCGUCAAGCCAAUUUACCAGUCUCCUCCAAAACCCUAGCGCAACAAGUAUAUGGAGCGCGGCCAGCUCUGUUAAUACUCUCAGCCCGACUCAUCGCGCAACCUAACUGAAAGCUCUCCAGGGCUAGGAUUCGGAGGGUAGAAACCAAUGGCGUCUCCCAUCGAAUCAGUCCAGUGCUUCGGGCGCAAGAAAACGGCCGUUGCCGUGACCUACUGCAAGCGUGGCGAAGGGCUGAUCAAGAUCAAUGGCUGCCCCAUCGAGCUGAUAGAGCCGGAGAUCCUCCGCCACAAGGCUGUGGAACCCAUACUCCUGCUCGGCCGCCAUCGAUUCGCCGGCGUCGACAUGCGCAUCCGCGUCAGGGGCGGCGGUCACACCUCCCAGAUCUACGCCAUCCGCCAGAGCAUUGCCAAGGCCCUUGUCGCCUUCUACCAGAAGUACGUGGACGAGCAGUCCAAGAGAGAGAUCAAGGACAUCUUGGUCCGCUACGACCGCACCCUUCUCGUCGCCGAUCCCAGAAGGUGCGAGCCCAAGAAGUUCGGCGGUCGUGGUGCGCGCGCCAGGUUCCAGAAGUCCUACCGUUAGGCGGAUGGAGGUUUUGCUUUCGUACCGGCCUUCUGUUUUAGUAAUUUUUUGCGGUUCUUGGAAACAAGAUGGUGAAUUUGAGGGUUUUCUUUUGAGUCUUCAUCAUAGUUAUGUUUGCGGUAGGACACAAACGAAGUAAGAUAAUUUGUGUUGAGCUGCUUUUGGAAUGACCCAAUUAUAAUUGAUAUUUUUGAAAUGCUGUUAUAGUCA